AUGUUAGUUACAAUAGUGAUAAUAUUAUGUGUUUUGUUUCUCAUGCAAAUAUAUAGCACAAGAACGUUUAAUUAUUGGAAGAAAAAGGGAAUAAAACAUGAUGCACCUUUGCCUCUUUUUGGUACUAACUGCAAGCAAUUCAUGCAAAAAGCGAGCAUGACAAUGAUGGCUAAUGAAACAUAUUGGCGAUACCCAAAUGAGAGAGUUGUUGGUUUCUACAGAGGCCUGGCUCCGGAACUUGUUAUGCGCGAUCCAAAACUAGUAAAACAAAUACUUAUAGCAGACUUCAAUUACUUCUAUAGCAGGGGAUUUUUACCGAAUAAAUUUUAUAUUGAACCUCUUUUGAAGAAUUUAUUUUUUGCUGAUGGAGAUUUGUGGAAACUUCUGAGGCAACGAUUUUCUCCCGUAUUUAGCAUUGGAAAAAUAAAAGCUAUGUUUCCUUUAAUAACCGAGAGAGCUGAGAAGUUACAACUAGUAGCAGAAAAAGUAUCAACAUUGGAUUCUUAUGAUAUACGUGAGUUGAUGUCAAGAUACACGACAGAUUUUAUCGGUGCUUGCUGUUUUGGCUUAAAUAUGGAUACUUUGAACGAUGGCAGGUCAGAAUUUUUAAAGAUUGGCAAAAGAAUAUUUUCAAAACCUCCGGGAGAUGCUUUAAGAGGAUCCUUGAAAGUUAUAUCCCCAAAGUUGUUCAAGUAUCUUCAUUUUCUACCACCAUCAUUAGAGACAUCCGUAAAUAACUUAGUUAUAUCAGUAAUGCAACAAAGAAAUUAUAAGCCAUCAGGUAGGAAUGAUUUCAUAGACUUGAUGUUAGAACUGAAACAAAAUGGAAAUUUACUUGGAGAAUCUAUCGAACAGAAAUAUUUUGAUGGAUCAACGAAAAUUGUUCAAAUAGAAUUUAACUAUGCAUUAUUGAUCGCGCAGGUUUUUGUAUUUUUCGCUGCUGGUUUUGAAACCUCAUCGACGUCAUCAAGUUACACCUUGCAUCAAUUAGCUUAUCAUCCCGAAAUACAACGGAAAGUUCAAGAAGAAAUAGACACAGUAUUAGAAAAAUAUGACAACAAAGUUACAUACGAUGCUGUAAAUGAUAUGAAAUAUUUAGAGAAAUGUUUUUAUGAGUCAUUGAGAAAAUGGCCUCCCAUUGGUUAUAUAAUGAGAGAGUGCGCAAAGAAAUAUACGUUUCCAGAAAUUAACUUGACCAUUGACAAAGGUAUAAAAGUCAUCAUACCUAUAACAGCCAUGAUGAAUGAUGGAAAAUAUUUUGCUGAACCAGAAAAGUUUGAUCCUGAUAGAUUUAAAUCAAUGAAAGACAUGAAAAACAAUGUAUUCAUUCCAUUUGGUGAUGGGCCGCGGGCUUGCGUCGGUGGAAGACUCGGCCUGAUGCAGUCAAUGGCAGGAAUAGCAGCUGUGCUGCAAAAAUUUGACGUGGAACCAUCUAGUGAAAGCGUCCCGAACCCCAAGGCAGAUCCCACAGGAACUGUAGCAGAGAACUUCGCUGGUGGCUUACAUCUCAAAUUAAGAAAACGAAAAUGUAAAAACAAUUAGUAACUUGAGCACUGGGCUUCAGCCAAGGUUUUUCAUCAUGAUUUGAUCCAAGUCAAUAAAGGAGGAAAAUCACGGAAGCAUACGCGGUGGGAAUCAGUCUCCCGUCGUCUUUUUGUUUCAUAAUAAAUUUUAAUAUUUAAUUUUAAUG